UUUAAUUAUAAUAUUUGUUGCUGCUGUGAUAUGGCUCAGAUGCAAAAUACUACUGAAGUUUGUAUGUCUGAUUUACCUGUAGCUCCUGAUGCUUUCGUACCUUCUUCUGUCACUUCAAUCUUUGCUUUAUGAAUAGCUUCUGAAAUGUAAAGACCGCCUUGCUCUAACAAACCAACCAAAAAUGUCUUCCACCGAUCUCGUCCCUCCAUGAUGUUAAAAUACAUUUUCUUCAAAAAGAUGGUGGAGAGAGAAACUUGCCUGCAUGCAUGGAGAGCACAGGUGACCACGCAGAGCUCAUCAGCACAGGUAACCAUGAUGGAGUCCCAGGAUCGCAAAAGAGCUCCAGCAUGGACAGAACGGGAAGUACGGGAUCUGCUCGCCAUAUGGGGAGACGAAUCAGUGCUAGCUGAACUCCGUAGCAGUAAAUGAAAUGGCAAAAUACUAGAAAAGAUCUCAAAGGCCAUGAAGGACAGAGGCCAUAACAGGGACAUACAGCAGUGCCGCGUGAAAAUUAAGGAGCUAAGGCAAGCCUACCACAAAGCCAGAGAGGCAAACGGAAGGUCUGGGGCAGAGCCGCAAACAUGCCGCUUCUACGCGGAGCUGCAUGCCAUUCUAGGGGGUGCAGCCACCACUACCCCAACCGUAAGCUUUGACUCCAUCAAUGGAGAAACACGGAACCGGGUUCGGGGUACACGGAAGAUGAUGAUGAUGAUGAAGACAAUGAAGAUAGCUCACAGCAAGGAAGCGGGGAAACCGGUUUCCCCAACAGCCAGGAUAUGUUUAUCACCCUGGACCUGGAACCAGUAACCCCCGAACUCACCCAAGGCGUGCUCCCAGACCCUGAGGGCACACAAGGGACCUCUGCUGCAAAUGUUUCUCCUUCGCAGAGGCUAGCAAAGAUUAGAAGGAGAAAACGGCGGACUUGGGAUGAUAUGUUCAUGGAGCUCCAGAUGUCCUCCCAUGCUGAAAGAGCACAGCAGAAUGCAUGGAGGCAGUCAAUAUCAGACUACAGAAAAGCACAAUAUGAACAAGAGGAGAGGUGGUGGGCUGAAUCGCGGGAUGAACAGAGCAAGUGGCGGGCUGAAGAUGAUAGGUGGCGUCAGCUUGCAGACAGAAGGCAAGAGUCGAUGCUCCGGCUGCUGGAGCAUCAAACUGAUAUGCUCUGGCUGCUGGAGCAUCAAACUGAUAUGCUCCGGCGUAUGGUUGAGCUGCAGGAAAGGCAGCAGGAGCGGAGACCGCCGCUACAGCCCCUGUGUAACCAACAGCCCUCCUCCCCAAGUCCCAUUGCCUCCUCACCCAGAAGCCCAAGAACACGGUGGGGGGGCCUCCGGCCACCCUGUCACUCCACCCCAGAUGAUUGCCCGAGCAUCGGAAGGCUGGCCUUCAAUAAGUGUUAAAGUUUUAAAGUUUUAAACUGCAGUGUGUCCUUUUCCUUCCCUCCUCCCCCGCCCCUCUCGGGCUACCUUGGCAA